AUGCCUUUUAGAGGAAGAGGCGGAUCAAGAGGUCGCGGAAAUCGAGGAGGACCAGGUCGUGGUCGUGGUCGUGGUCGCGGUCGUGGAGGUUUUACCUCUUCGCGAUUACAUGAGGUUGAGUCGGAUGAAUCCUCCGGCGAAGAAAGCAACAGUCCAGUGGAGGAUAAUGUUGAAGAUGAUACUAUGAUGGAUGAUGAGUCUUCUAGUGAUGAAGAGGAGGAGAAAUCUACAGCUCGCCCAUACAACGAAUUGCUUCAAUUGUUGCACGCCAAUACGGAUUCGAAGGGACCAGCUCGGAAACGGAGAAAGAUUACCGACGAGAAGUCAGAUGCGCCGGGUGCAGUCGAUGAGGAGGAUGACGAGUCAGAGCAGGAGGAAGAAGAAGUAGAGGACGAUGCGCUGGAGACUCAAUUGCCAUCAGACGAUGAGCAAGAAGAAGAUGAACAGGGCCAGGAUGAUGAGGAUGAUGAUGCGACUGGGCCAUUUGAGAAGCACUUCAACAUUGGAGAAGGCACAGAACUUACCAAGCAAGCGAAGCAAGUUGAUGCCAACAAAUGGGCCUCGGCAAAGAAGGAAGUGGAUGGUAUGCGACUGGUGCGCACAGUCCCUGAUACUGGCGAUAGGGUCUCACUACUCCCUGCGAUGAAGACCACAGCCAAUCUUAAGAUCAAGAACAAGCUGAAGCCACGCGCUGCCGAGUUCCUCCCAACCAUCCACAGCUCCGCCCAGAAUAUCGCACCAUAUGUAUUCGACUACCAGGAUGUUCUCUAUGGCGCCCGCUCCACAGAUACUGCAGACGCUAUGCGCGACGUCAUGGCCCUCCACACAGUCAACCAUCUCAUCAAAACCCGAGACCAGGUCCUCAAGAACAAUGCCCGUCUAGCCAAGGACCCCGACACAGAUGUUGAGUGCCGAGACCAAGGAUUUACCCGACCCAAGGUCCUGUAUAUUCUUCCGACUCGACAGGCUUGCGUGCGGGUUGUCAACUCGAUCACUAAGUUCUACCAUGCCGACCAGCAGGAGAACAAGAAACGGUUCACUGAUACAUUCUCUGCGUCCGACGAAGGAUGGAACCACAAGACCGAGGAUGCACUGGAGUUGUUCGGCGGUAACAAUGACGAUAUGUUCCGACUGGGAUUGAAAUUCACCCGUAAGACGGUGAAGUAUUUCGCACAAUUCUACAGCUCAGAUGUGAUUCUGGCUAGUCCACUGGGAUUGCGAACAAUUCUGGACCAGGCUGACGCCAAAAAGCGAGACUAUGACUUCCUCUCAUCAAUUGAAGUGGUUAUCGUGGACCACGCCGAUGCCCUUCUCAUGCAAAACUGGGACCACAUGUCCUACAUCUUCCAGCACCUGAACCUGCAACCCAAGGAAACCCACGGCUGCGACUUCAGCCGCGUACGCAACUGGUACCUGGACGACCAAGCGCGCUACGUACGACAGACAAUCAUGCUCUCCUCAUUUAUCACACCCGAGAUCAACUCUCUUUUCUCCAGCCAAAUGCGCAACGCUUCUGGCCGAAUCAAGAUUACCCCAGUAUACGCCGGAGCUAUCACCGAGCUUCCAUUGCCAAUUUCAGUGAAACAGACCUUCUCCCGAGUCGACAGUCUCUCACCCGCGAAAGACCCGGAUGCGCGAUUCAAGCACUUUACGACAACAGUACUAUCUACUCUAGUGAAGAACAUCACAGGACGCGGUGCAGGCAGCGCAGGCACGCUGAUCUUCAUCCCCUCGUACCUGGAUUUCGUGCGCGUGCGCAACCACUUCGCCACCUCGGCUCAAACGACGAAUGUUUCGUUCAGCGCGAUCUCCGAGUACACCGAGACACGAGAUAUGUCUCGGGCGCGAAGCCAUUUCAUGAAUGGACGACACUCGGUUUUGCUGUACACUGAGCGCGCUCACCAUUUCCGCCGGUAUCAGAUCCGCGGAGUGAAACGCGUGAUUAUGUAUGGGUUGCCUGAGAACCCGACAUUUUACUGUGAGAUUGUGGGUUACUUAGGACUUGAUCCUGCGGAGUUAGUUGAAGCUGCGGAGGGAGGUGUGCGAGUGUUAUUUUCUAAAUGGGAUGCGAUGAAGUUGGAACGUGUGGUGGGAACAUCUCGUGUGGGGAAUAUGUUGCGAGAGAAGGGGGGUGAUACCUUUACAUUUGUUUGA